AGGGGGGGGAGAUGCUAACCGAAGGCGGAGCUAGCUCGGACUCUGAGGAAGAACAGACGGACAGCAGCGAUGAUGCCCCCCUCCCCGACGCCCAGCUGGCUAAGAGGCCGGCAUCUGAGUCACCUCCCGACCUUACCCCCAAGGUAGGGAAGAGAGGAAGGCUGGAGGAACUCUUCGGUUCUUUCGGAGAGGAAUCCAAAGCCUUCCUCGCUGGCUCAUCCAAUGAGGUCUCGUUCCUAGACUUUGCUCACCAAUCAACCCCGAAGGACCCAAACAAGGACCGGGAAUCAGUGACUCCAGUGCGCGGCCUCCUGUAUGGAGACGCCUCCACCGUUUGGCGCAACGUGAGCCAUCCCGUCCUUCCAAACAGACUCCAGGACCUGUCAUGGAUGGUGGCUCAUGGGAUCCUGCCGGUCAGAGCCGUUAUGCACUCCCGCGGCAUGUCUGCAACGUCCAUCUGCCCCCGACCCGGUUGUGGCGCGCCGGAGUCGGUGAGGCCCCUGCCGUGGGAGUGCAGCACUGCUGUGGACCUGUGGGCGAAGGCCGGCUCCUUGCAAUUCCCAUACUUGCCAGCAAGGGAGGUCCUCCAUGCACAGUUAGUGCUGUACGGGGUGAGCCAGCAGAAAAUGACUAAAAAAGACUUCGCUGAGAUGUGGCUCACCCCAGCCACCAUCAAAAACGCCACUUGGACCUCCAGAAACUUGCUGGUGAGCAGGCGCAGGCAGAUGCCCCCCGUGGCUGUGAUCCGGAUGGCAGCAGCAAAAGAGGAACAUCAAGGGCUGCAGGUGGCGCGCCAAGGACACAGCCACCAAGAAGAAUCGCCUGCGCCUCCGUGGACGAAGGAGCCGGCGCUCCACGAGCAGAGGUCCAAGCAGCGGCGGCCUGGCUCUCCGGGUGAGGCAGGAGGGAAGGAGCUUUGGGGCAGGUUUCCCCUCUGAGCACCAAGCGCUGUCUGGAAGGACGGGACGGCUCCGGACUUGGGAGGGAGUCACCCCGGUCCUGCUCAACUUUUAACACACAGAGAUUUUGUAUUUUAUAAUUCUUGUUCUUAGCUUCUUUUAGCCUAAAUUGAUA